AGGAAACAGCACCUGUUUCCGCAUAAUUAUGGUAUCACCAGCCCGCCCAUCCGUCAUUGUUCUUCGGUGCUUUUAAUAAGGCUCCGGCUCGUCUUCCUUUUCUGGUAUAGACCCCCUUCUUUUCCUCUUCCUGUAUUCUUUUGACAAAAUGGCAAUUGACACUGAUCCCGACCAAAUUCAACACAACGGAUCGUUGUCUUCAGACUUCAAGGUUAUCAAUGACGCUGUACAUGGUCACAUCAAAUUGGACUCGUACAGCUUUGACUUUAUUGACACUGUUCAAUUUCAGCGUCUUCGUGAUUUGAAGCAGCUCGGAGCAACAUACUUUGUUUUCCCUGGUGGCAGUCAUAAUCGCUUUGAGCACUCUAUUGGUGUGUCGCAUCUUGCUGGUACGUUGAUCGAGCGUUUUCAAAAAGACCAGCCCGAGUUACGUAUUACUGAAGAUGAAGUUAAAUGUGUCAAGCUAGCAGGCCUUUGUCAUGAUCUGGGACACGGCCCGUUCAGUCAUGUCUUCGACAACCAAGUGAUGCCACAAGCUCGACCUGGCAUACAGUGGUCACACGAACAAGCAUCCGAGAUGAUGUUGGAGUAUUUGAUUGAUGAUAAUAACAUUGACAUUGAACGAAACGAAAUCAACUUGAUAAAGGAUCUGAUUGCGGGCACUCCUCGAUCACAAAACAAAUACGAUGGGCGAGCCUUCCUCUUCGACAUCGUGGCAAACAAACGGAAUAGCGUGGAUGUAGACAAAUUUGACUAUAUUGAGCGUGAUGCCCAGAACCUUGGCUUGCGCAGCUCUUACGAUGCUAAGCGUCUUUUGAUGUAUAGUCGUGUCGUCAACAAUGAAAUCUGUUAUCACCACAAAGAAGUGUACAAUUUAUACGAGAUGUUUUAUACAAGAUACAGUCUUUUCAAACGUAUUUAUACACACCGUGUUGCUGAGGCUGUUGAAAUGAUGAUUACCGAUGCAAUGAUUCACGCUGAUUCCCAACUUGGUAUUUCGUCUGCUGUGGAUAAGCCAGAAGAAUAUUUGAAUUUGACAGACGAUAUUUUGCGUGUGAUCGAACGUUCAAAAACAAAAGAGUUGGAAAAGUCACGAUCAAUCAUGCGACGUUUGAGAACAAGAGAUCUAUAUAAGUUUGUCGAUGAAUUCUUGCUACCUACGGAACUUGCAGCUCAUAUGAAUAAGAGCACAAUCACGGCAACUGAAAUAGUAUCACAUCAAAGCAACAACGACUAUUUGACCGAGGAUGAUGUGAUUGUAAAGUGGAUCAAGAUCAACUACGCAAUGAAGGACAGAAACCCGGUCGAUUCAAUCCGGUUUUACUCUAAGUUUAAUGAUAACGAAUCUUUUACGAUCCCCAAACAGCAAGUCUCUUACAUGAUUCCACAGCAGUUUGAAGAAGUCGUUGUCCGCGUUUUCACACGAAAUCCACAGAAAAUCACAGCAAUUCAGAAAGCCUUCCGUCGACUUUUGAAAAGCAUUGCUCCCAGCGAGUCCAAGGCAGAACCAAACGCGGCACUCACGUUUCCCAACGACUAUGAUGAAAUUGUUAAAUUGAAGAGACAACGUUCUGGAAGUUUACAGGGCUCAGACGGAAACGAUAUCGUAAAGAAAUGGCAAGGAUCCUGUAAAUAAGUGCUUGCUUUCCGUGGUUACUAACAAUUUACGUUGUAUAAAUGUAUGAUUAAAUACCUUUGCAAAUCAAAUUCAUAACGCAGUAGUACGCACACUAUAAAUUCAACUUUGAUAAUGCAUAUAUAUUACAAUUACGGUGUUACUACUGCUCUAAACAUGCAUACUGUACUUAUUUGCGGAAAUUACCGAUCGUGGCAGAUGUGUCUUCUAAAGGAUUGGGGUUUCGAAUUUAAUCUUCUUUUCCAAAACAGAUGAAAGAUAUCAUAUGUAGGAGGCACGAAAUCCUCUCUGUUUCUUUUUAAAUGAAAGUUCCUUAUUCAGAG